UAGCAGAGAGCUGCUGGUCCCUCCUUCUCCCGCAUGGACCGGAACCACGCAUAACCACGUGACCCGGGAGCUCUGGACUGAACGAACAUCUCACACCGCAUCAUGGCUGCGGAGGAUGCGGCCGCGCGGUCCCGAACCGGAGCCCUGCUCUCACGCGGGGCUCCGCUCUCUCCCUCCCGCCUGCUGCUGCUCUCCCUCUCCGCCUGCACUCUGCUCCCCGCCCCGGCGCUCGGCUUGCUCGGCUUUCGGCCUGAGGAGACCGGGGCGGAGCUGUCCGUGGCGGACGGGGUGCUGAAAGCCACCGAGGGAACCCGCUUCAUGCUGCGGGUUUAUUACUCCACCUCCCCGCAGAGGCUCAACCGCACCGCAGGGACUCGCGCCAACAACGCCGCGCCCUGGAUCGCCUUCAUCGAGGAGCCAACUCCCGGGCGAGAGGGACAAGUUCACCCGAAGCGGAACAUGUGCAUGGACAAGAACACCAGGACGUCCGACAUCGAGGUUUUAGGUUCUUUCAAGUCUGCGUCCAGUCAGAACUCAGUUCUUGUGGAGCUGCUGGCCAAGGACCUGCGGAAGGGGGAGAAGAUCAAAUACUACUCCAUGUGCGCCUUUGACGGAUCCAAAUGGGAACACUACCGGACAAGGGAUUUCUGGGUGGCCGUGGUGGAGCGCGCGGCUGUCCCGGAGCUCUGGUUGCAGGUGUUGGUGUCCGUCCUGCUGCUCGCGCUGUCAGCUCUUUUCAGCGGGCUGAACCUGAGCCUUCUGGCGCUAGACCCAGUGGAGCUUCAGGUCCUCCAGAACAGCGGCACCGACAAAGAGCAGAACUACGCGCGGAAAAUCGAGUCGGUUCGUCGGCAUGGUAACUACGUCCUCUGCACUUUACUGCUGGGGACCGCAAUCAUCAACGCCUCGCUCGCCGUGUGGGUGUGCCAGAUCCUGGGCAUGACCUGGCUCUCCACGGUCAUCUGCGCCUUCGGGAUUUUCUUCAUCGGGGAGAUCCUUCCACACUCGGUGGCGUCCCGUCACGGUCUGGCCAUCGCCUCCAAAACCAUCUGGGUGACGCGGCUGCUGAUGGUGCUCUCCUUUCCCAUCUCCUACCCCAUCAGCAAACUGCUGGACCUCAUCCUCAACCAGGAGAUCUCCAUCUUUUACACCCGAGAGAAACUCCUGGAGAUGCUGCGCGUCACCGAUCCGUACCACGACCUGGUCAAAGAGGAGCUCAACAUCAUCCAGGGAGCGUUGGAACUACGCACCAAAACCGUGGAGGACGUCCUGACGCCGCUGUCCGACUGCUUCAUGCUGGCCUCGGACGUCGUGCUGGACUUCAACACCAUGUCGGAUAUCAUGCAGAGUGGAUACACGAGGAUACCGGUGUUUGAGAACGAGCGGUCCAACAUCGUGGACAUCCUUUUCGUCAAAGACCUCGCGUUUGUGGACCCGGACGACUGCACCCCGCUGAAGACUAUCACCCAGUUCUACAAACACCCGCUGCACUUCGUCUUCAACGACACCAAACUGGACGCCAUGCUGGAGGAGUUCAAGAAAGGGAAGUCCCACCUCGCCAUUGUGCAGCGAGUAAACAACGAGGGCGAGGGCGACCCUUUCUAUGAGGUGCUGGGAAUCGUCACCCUGGAGGACAUCAUCGAGGAGAUCAUCAAGUCAGAGAUCCUGGACGAGACAGACCUCUACACUGAUAAUCGCUCAAAGCGCCGUGUUUCUCACCACGAGCGCAAGCAGCAGGACUUCUCCAUCUUCAAACUGUCAGAGAACGAGAUGAAAGUGAAGAUUUCUCCUCAGCUUCUCCUGGCAACGCAUCGCUUCCUCUCCACAGAGGUGGAGCCCUUCAAACCAGGUCAUAUCUCAGAGAAGAUCUUGUUGAGGCUGAUCAAACACCCCAGUGUGGUUCAGGAUCUCAAGUUUGAUGAGAAAAACAAGCGAGCAACACAGCACUUCCUUUUCCAGCGCAACAAACCUGUGGACUACUUCAUCCUGGUGCUGCAGGGUAGAGUUGAGGUGGAGUUUGGUAAAGAGGCGCUGAAGUUUGAGAAUGGAGCUUUUUCUUACUUUGGGGUACCUGCCAUCAUGCCAACAGUCCACAGAUCCCCCUCUCGCAGCAGUGGUUUGGACCGCUCUGAGUCUAUGCCGUACGGAGGAAGCAUGGGCCAACUGAACGGAGGGGGGAACGUCUACCUGCCAGACUACUCUGUCAGACAGCUCACACAUCUACAGAUCAUCAAGAUCACCCGGAGCCACUACCAGAAUGCUUUAACAGCCACCCGGAUGGACAGCUCUCCUCAGACGCCUGAUGCUGACACCCGUCUGACAGAAGGCAACACCCUGAUACCGGAGCCUCCGACAACGGAACACGGGGCCACCCUAAUGCCCCCGCAGCACACCACCACCACCCUCAUGCCCCCACCCAGAGAGCAGGGCCGGCCCAGCUCAGCCCGAACCCGAGGACAGCAGUCCAGCGUCCCACACAGCACCUCGCUGCUGAACGAAAAGAACCGCAUCGUCCGUAGUAAGUCGGAUGGCCAGAAGAGUCCCAGUGAUUCAGUGUUUCUCCGGAUGGAUGAGAUCCCCUACAUCAGAGAGGACAGAUCGGAGACUGACACACACACUGACAUGGCCUCCAUUCCCAUAGAAACGGACACAUCUCCUUUCAUCAGCAGCCUCUCGCUGAGUGGCUCAGAGGACACACUCGGCAAGAAACUCCUGCUCAAACUCAGCCACAAGAAGAGGAAAAAAUCCCGCGAAGGAGAGAAAACACCAGAGGACAUUUCAGAACAGCCUCUGGUGAAAACCUAGCAGCGUGUGUGUAUGAAACAGACCCGAACACUCCAUCAUCUGAUGGUUCUUCAAGUUGUUUGCAAAGACAAAUGUGGUUGCUGAACUACAGCUAUCAGAGUUUUAUCUGAAAACAACACCCUCCGAACCCACUGUAGGAGAUUAUAAAGAGGUCCCAUCUCCAGUAAUGUACUGAACACGUGGAUGGAAGACACCAUCUUGUCAAAGUGCAGGGGUGUGCAGCAUUGGCAAUAUGCAUUAAACCGUAGUUUCUGAUCUUAACAGGUUUUUCAUGCUGAUGCUCGUAUAUAAACAAAUGACUGUGAAUGUAAAAGAUUUGUAGUAAUAAUAGGUUUUUAUACACUAUAUACUCUCCUCAUGCGAUCACUUCUCCAAUGGAGCUAAAGGGAAUGACAGUAAAAAGGAAACAGACGGAAGACACCAAAGAUGUUGCUGUUUUGUCACAUAAUCCUCCAAACUGCAUCUCAACAGAAGUAAACUGGCUGCUUUGUGUUUGUCCUUUUUCUGUUUCAACAUGACAAUUGGCUUGAGCGCAAAGUCAGGCCCAUAAGGAAAUGUUUUAUCCAGUUUGGCAUGGAAGAACAGAGCCCUGUACUCAGAGCUUAAAAGAGCUAGAAUACUGGAAUUCAUUCGCCAGAUGGCCAGAAACACGACUCCAAAUAAAUGCUCUGUAUCUACAGGAUGUGUAAAUAGGUAACUGUUUGCUAACAAUUCACCUAAUCAACUGACCAUAUGUCAGUGUUGCGUUCACAUCCAUUCCCUGCAGCCCCCAAGUGGCUAAAAAAUCUGUUAUUGCAGGUUUAAAAAUAUGCCUACCAGCAGCUUGUUUGUGUUGUCCAAACACACAAAUAAUAAUGUAAAAUAGACCUUAGCGUUGCUAACAUGAGAGUGGUAUCGAUCUUCUCAUCUAACUCUCUGCAAGAAAAUGAAAACAAGUGUAAUUCCCAAAAUGUUGAACUGUCCCUUUAACUUUUUGUUACGUUUCCAAACUUCUCUCUGAACAUCUCUGUAAGUAGCUUUGUUCUGCGGAUUCAAUGCAUUUUGAAUGAUUUUGUUUUGCUAAAUGAUCACAUAGUGUGGAUGUUAGUGUCAGGAGGUCAAAAAAUGUUUCAACACCUGUCUCAUCACAGCUAAUUACUGUAUCUUCAAACCUUAUUAUUUAACAAUGAUCAGAUUGGAUUUUUACAGUGGUUCAUCAUAAUUAAUUGUUUAUUUUGCUUUGUCUGCCACUUAUCCAAAAACUACUGUCCUUCUUGUUUUUCUCCUGAGCUCUUCUUUUUCUUUAUCUGAGCCUUUUCUUCUUUUUUUUUUUAAGAGUUGUAAUUUGAAUUGCAUUUAUAUACCUCAUAAAAUUUUCAUUUGUUUUGUUCCUUUUUUUGAAUUUGGACCUCAGAAGGCUAUCAGACUCAGACAAAAGACAGAUUGGAGCUGCUUUUCUGCAAAGAGAUUUGAGAAACCCUGGGUCAGCCUUUCAUUUCAGUUUCUGUUUUAUUCACCACGUGAUUUAUGACCACUGAACCUCGUUAAAUAAUCAUCGCCUGAGCUGAGCUCUUUUUAUUAGAUCCAUUUCAAUUAUAAAUGAACCUCAUUUUUUUGGCUUUACUUUAUUGGAGAUUAAAUGAAACUGAGCUGAAGGCUGCAGCAAGUGUUCACCAAAACACAGUUAUGUGUUCUAUAAGAUGCCUAGAUAGUAUACGUAAAUAGGUUUAUGAAGUCAGCAGUCAGCACCUAUAUUAUCUAAACUGGAGACACAUACCUCUGAAAGGCUCUAUUGUAGUCUCUGAAAUAUACCUUCACUCGUCAGCGUCUCUAUUUUACAAUUUGUUUGAUUUAAUGAUAUUGAUUUUCAGUAUUUUUAUCUCCACAUUGACAACAGUAAUGGGAUUUCUGAAACAUACUGCAAAAAAAAUGUUGGUAUAAUUUGAGAUGACUAAUGUAUCCAGUACAACUGUGGAUGUUGGCUCACUGUCACACUGUCAUGGUUUACUUGGACACUUGUCAAGUCACAAAUCAAAAUGUCUGCUGUGAAAAAGCUACAUUGUCCAGCAUGAGGAAUUGGGACAGGGCCAUUAGUUGAUCACAUACUCACCUGGCAGAGAUACACUGAGCUCAAGAUAUAUAUUAGACUGUGGGUUAUUAACAUGUCUGCUUGUAGCAUCUAUUAUCUCAAAAAUGAAUUAACUUAUCCUGGAUACAUUCUCUCUUGAGGAAUAAUAGGGGGAACUUGACAUUGUGUGGCUUUUAUAUUAGUGGCUGUUAUCAUAUCACCUAUUUGGAAAUCAGAAUUGACCUUUUUUUAAAUCAACAGGUUACUAUAAAACAAGUUGUGGAGAAGCAAAUGUGUUGCUUUCUAAAUUCUUACAGAACUUAAAUCAUGUAGAUGGCAACAUAGAAGAGCUGAAACAAGUCUUGGUUUGGUGGAUUUAAUUUUUCUUGCAUCACAGAAACCUUCAGUUCCACCCCAGUGUGUGCAUAGUGUUCUCACGGUGUCCCUGAGCCUGCAGUGUUCUGGAUGGGCGUGACUCCAUCUGCCUACUUGUGCAGAAUCAGAUUUGUGCCACUGCAGCAUAGAGGAGGUGGAGGAGGAGGAAAGUGGGGAUGUGGAUAGAAGUCUGAAGUUUCAGGCCUGACCAAUAAGGAGGCCGUUAAUGGCCUUAUAAUAAAAAAGCCAAUCAAAAUAAUCAAUAUAAUUUAGGUUGCUGCCUGAACGUACUGCUGCAGCACAAACUGUGUUUUGGUGGGUCACCUGCAUUGAAGAGCUGCAUUUGUUUCAUUGGAGGUUCAGAAGGUCUACAUAUGUCUGAAUAGUUUUUGUGGGUUCCUUGGGAAACAGGCAAAUACAAUCAUCAACUUUAAAAAUCCUGAAAAUUGCCAUCAGCAGCCUCUCCCAGCAGUACUGGCUUUUAAAGACCCAAAAAGAUCCAUCGCAAGCUGGGGACAAUGAAAAAGAAGGAGGGGUGCUUUUUAACUCCGCUCACUUGCUAAUGUCACAGGCGGAGGAGAGAGAGGGAACAUCCCUCCUGGCUGCAAUAUAUCAAACCUGCUGAGUCACUUUGCUGCAUUGGAGCACCGACCACAGCCUAUCAACAUCAUCCUUUGAGGUCAAAGACAGACAAAAACUGUUCCUGCUGCAGGAUGUUGUUGAUUAGAUUGUAGGUUUGACGGAUACAUUUCCCUGCUGCAGAUCCAUUAGAUCUUUGGUUAUCAGGAUGUGUUCCUAAAGAGUCCGAGAUCAGUUUUCACAAUUUCUGCUAUGAGCCAAUAUAAUCGCAGAUUGCUGCUUAGUAAAAAUGUGCAUUGCUUUCAGCUGUUUUGCUGUAUUUUGUAAUAGAAUGACCUGCGUGGAAGAGAUGUUUUGGGAGAGAAUAUAACAACUUGAUACUUGUAAAAUAGAAAGCAACUAUGUAUGGUAUUUUGCAUCAAAAUAUACACAGAAAUAUAAAGCUCCACAACAUACUGAACUUCAACAGUCUCCAGUCUUUUAUUAUUAUUUUAUAUUAAAGAGUAAGUCUGGAGAUUCUAUGUUUAUCCUAUUGUCAACAAAUGCCCUACAUCCACUACAUUUCAGAAGGAAAGCGUUGCUUAAAGUAACGUUUGAAAACACCUACAGUGCUUUCUUUUGGUCUUUUCAUGGGAUUUAAGGGAAACCUCAAAAUAUAGAAUAUUUUGAGUCUUAUGUAACUGUUAAAACUUAAAUACUACUUCAAGAAAGUGCAAAACAAAGCUGGUGUUGCAUGUUCAACACAAUUAUAAAGGACACAAUGAACAUCAUAAUCUUAAUUUUCUUGUUUGUUUCUUCGCACGUUUGGAGACUAUUGCUUUUAUACAUGUAGAUAUUUUAGAUACUGUGCUGCAUAGAAAAGGUUUUAUGGGGAAAGAAAAAAAAAAAAAAAAAAACAAACAAACAGGCACAAAGCAAAUAUUUGGUUCUUGUGUUUUAUAGUUUAUUUCUGUAGGAACACACAUACUGUUGUGUGUACAAACAACACCAAAUAAUAGGAGUGUUCUUGUGUGGCUAACAAGAGUCAGCCUCAGAGGUCUGAUGAGAGAGGCUUUCUGUAACACAAUAAGGGCACUGCAGGGUGGAAAGAAAACAACAAAGAGAGGCAAGGUGAUUUUGUUCACUGAUGGCACAAAGUCGCUUUCUGAACUUCAACUACCAUUAGGAUCUUCUACGUAGCUGCACAGGUAUGACAAGGCAAAACCUACAACAACAGGCACGUGCAUUACCUUUAAGUGAGCUUUAAACCCGGUCACGUGGCAGAGACAAUAACUCAGAAUGCCUCUCUGUAGAUUUCACAUAAGAAAUAUCCUUAUGCACAAUUUGUUACUUCAUAUAGGUGCUCAGUGCUUCUGCAGUAAAUAGUAGGAGCUUCGAGAGUGAUUACAUCUAUUGACAUUAACAGCAUUUUGUUUAAUUCUACAGAAGUAUCAUAUUUAAUACCUUGAAAUGCUAUAAAUGAUUGACCUGUAAUUGAAUAAAAAAAAAA